GCCUCACUUCUCCUUGAUAUAUCCAAUUAAACAGACUAAAGUUUAACAAUAUCUGACAAUGACAAGAGAGGGUGUAUUGUUUGUCUAUGGAAAUCCUCUUUUGGAUAUUUCUGCUGACGUAAAUGAAGAGUUCCUUAAAAAAUAUGAUCUAGAACCUAAUAAUGCAAUUUUAGCCGAAGAUAAGCAUAAGGUUAUGUAUGAUGAUUUGGUUGCUAAUUUCAAUGUAGACUUUACCCCUGGUGGCGCCGCUCAAAACACUGCCAGAGUUGCUCAGUGGUUGAUUGCUAUUCCAAAGUCCGUGUCGUACGUGGGCUGCAUAGGCAACGAUGACAAAUAUGGUAAGAUUCUUGAACAAAAAGCCGAAAUUGCUGGAGUAUGUGCAAGAUAUAUGAAGACUGAUAAAGAGCCAACUGGAACUUGUGCAGUUUUGGUAACAGAUAGCGGAAAAAACAGAUCCCUGUGCGCUUACUUAGCUGCUGCAAAUCACUACAAAAGUGAUCAUUUGGAAACACCAGAGGUUGACAAGCUGAUGAGAUUGGCCCAAUAUUACUAUAUUAGCGGAUUUCCUUUGACCGUAAGCCCCGAGUCUAUGCUUCACAUUGCUAAGCAUGCUGCCAAUGAAAACAAAAAAUUCAUCAUGAAUCUUUCAGCUCCAUUUUUGUGUGAAGUAUUUAAACAACAAAUGAACGACAUUAUGCCAUACGUUGACGUUCUAUUUGGAAACGAAACGGAAACCGAUAUUGAUAAAAUUGCAAUGAAAAUUGCUUCGUGGCCUAAACAAAAUGGUAGAUAUGGUAGAAUCGUCGUUAUCACUCAUGGAUCAGAGCCAACUAUUGUUGUUGACAAUGGUGUUCUAAAGAAAUAUCCUGUUAUUCACAUUGAAGAUAGUCAUAUCGUUGAUACUAAUGGCGCUGGAGAUGCCUUCGUAGGAGGAUUCUUGGCACGCUUUGUUCAAGGAGAAGAAAUCGAAGCUUGUAUUAGAGGUGGAAAUUAUGCAGCUAAUUUGAUAAUUCAAAGACCUGGAUGUUCUCUACCCGAGAAACCUGAUUGCACAGUUAGCGUAUUUUAG